UAAAGCCCGAGGAUCAGGUUCUGCUGGUUCACUUUUAUGGUGGAAAAUUUCACAAAUACGCUUACAGGAGAAGGAAAGAAGCAAGACUCAUAGCAAUAGAGGCGUUCUGCUUCGAGGUUAGAAAUGGCGACGCCAGCGAAAGUGUACGGACCAACAUUAUCCACUGCUGUGUCAAGGGUCUUGGCGUGUCUCGUUGAGAAGGACGUCCAAUUCCAGCUUAUUCCUCUGAACAUGUCCAAAGGGGAGCAUAAGAAGCCCGAUUUCCUCAAGAUUCAUCCCUUUGGUCAAGUACCGGCAUUUGAAGAUGAGAGCAUUUCCCUCUUCGAGUCGAGAGCGAUAUGCCGGUACAUUUGCGAGAAACAUCCGGAGAAGGGAAACAAGGCACUGUACGGCACGAACCCGUUGGCGAAGGCGUCCAUAGAUCAGUGGUUAGAGGCGGAAGGACAGAGUUUCAACCCACCCUCCUCAGUUCUGGUGUUUCAGCUCGCAUUUGCUCCUCGAAUGAAGAUCAAACAAGACGAGGGAGCCAUCAAUCUCAACGGAGAAAAACUAGCCAAAGUGCUCGAUGUGUACGAUAGGAGGCUAGGGGAGAGUCGUUUCUUGGCCGGCGACGAAUUUUCUCUGGCGGACCUCUCUCACCUUCCCAACACACAAUACUUGAUGAGCACUGAGAAAGGCGAGCUGUUCACUUCCAGGAAGAACGUAUCCAGGUGGUGGUCUGAGAUUUCCACUCGAGAUUCCUGGAAACAAGUGGUUGAUAUGCAGAAAAAUAAAAAUUGAUGGUGAUCUGAGGUGCGUUCUGUUUAUUUCCCUUGUCCAGCAACGGGGACUGGCUUCGCCUGAAUUCUCAAUCAAGUUGUUUGCUUGGUAAGAUGACCAAUAAAUUUCAUCCUGCAUAUGUGGAUUGUGGGGUAACAUGUUGUGGCGUCUGUUUGCUGUGGUGUUAAGAUGCAUGGCUUCUAAAUCUAUCGAAUCUUCUAAUAAAAAGUGUUAUCUAUGUGCCGUCUCA